GGUGAACAAAUCUGUGCACCAAAAAUACACAAGUUAUGAGACAGUACCCCGGAAAACUACCUUCAUUUCGAGUUGCACACAUAUUUCUUGUGCGUUGUUAAAUAUUGUCAAAGCAGAAAACAGUUUAAUUUAAAGAGAACAAUUGACAACCUUUUACAGCCAUGACAUGGACAGAAUAUGAAAGAUUUGUGCAAGUAUUAAUGAAAAUGUUCUACUUUUUACGCUUCAUCUACAUUUACUGACAUUUAGACUGCUAAAUACAUACAGUCAACCAUUAUAGCAGUACUUUUCGGGAGUGGAUGUGGAGUCAAGUGAUUAAAAUGCAAAUUAAAGAUCAGCAAGUUAAUAGAAUAUUGCAAAAAAAUCCGUUCAUUAGUGGAGUGCGUAAUAAAUACGUAGUCUUAUGUUUUGAAAUAUUGCAUUUCAGGUUAUGAAACUUUAUUAUGUAGGUGUUAUACGGAUAAUGAUGAGGUGUGUACAUCGGGUACAUUAACACGCAGAGUUGUAUGAUUCAUCUAAAAAUCACAGAAUUCGUUAAGUGGGGCAAGUAAAGCAAAAAUAAGUAGGUAAUUCACUCGGUUUUCAUGCAACAUUACAACAGCUAUUGGGCUGACGGAAGAACAACAGAUUAAACAAAUACGGAAGGAUUUUCUCCGUACUUGAGUAUUUGCACUCCGUGUAUUAUCUUUCCGAAAUAUACACAUUUGCAUAUCUUUCGAUCGACUGAAGGAGGGCGAUUUGGAAAAAUCACAAUGAAAUUCAGACAUUCUAUUUAUAGUGUGACAAAUUGUGUCACCAUAAUGGUCAACAAACAACAUGCAUACAACUUACCGAUUACCUGACUGACACAGAAACUCGUUGACCGUUUUCAAGACUUCAUUUGCUUGCUAACGUUGGUCAAAUUAACACAUUUGAUUCAGUCUAAGGAUCCCAUAUCAAAAAAUUAGAGCAAAAUGGCACCUCCAGAACUCGGAUCUCAAAGUGAAGACUCGGAGAGCAGCCCUUUGGAGUAUAUUGAACAAACGCUAAGGACCCUUGAGACAAAUACGCUCGAAAUUAAAAAAAGGAAUGCAAAAAUUAUUAAAAACAUUCGUCCUUGUGGUUCCACAAGUGCCACGGCUUCCCGUGGAUGGAAAGGGUCGCCGAUUGAUGUCCCCCCUCUUAUCCAAUCAAGAGCAUUGUUGAACGUUGAUGUGGAAAAAAUUCUACACGAGAGUUCCAAGCUUAAGGAGAAAAUCAACGAAACGCUUCGAUUGAGUGCUGAGAAUAGGGCAGAAAACCAGAAAUAUUUAGAGGAAUUAAGACAAGAAAGUCUUCAACUGUCUUUCAGUCUACCAGUCGGAAGUUCAUUAAGGCCAAGUUCCUCACACAAAGCAUUGACCCGGAACGGUAACAUGGGUAAUGGUGGUAUAUUAGGUAGCAUUAAGAACGUGCUGUCCAAACUGACGCCUGGGGGAAAAGUUGGAGGAGACAAGGAGAAUGUUUAUAAUUACGAGUUGAAUACAUUGCUAAAUUCUCCCCCAAGUCCAGCUCAAUUAAUUCCUGCAUCUUUUGAAGAAACUGACCACAACGCCUCUACGAUGCCUCCUCCUCCUCCUUCGCCCACUAUGAAACCACGAAUUAAACGUUCAACAAAGGAACUACCAACGCUUAAUCAUCCGACACCUCGUCCACGCGUUUCUCGUUCAAAAAUUCCUCCACCUCCACAGCCUCAGGCUCCAAGACCGACAUUUGAGCUUCAAGAUUUAAGAAACAUGUGUGACAAAAGUGUGACAUCGGACGAGGAGGUCACAAUCGCCACACCAAUUCCCAAACCUCGAUCCACACUAAUCCGACAGGGAAGUUCCAUAUCAGAAUCUUCUUCAGAAUUUGAAUAUUUUGACACACCACUAAUUUUUGAAACAAUGCAAAUUUUGGAUUCUGAUGAGUCAUUAAUUAUACCUCUUGAAACGAAUGAAAUUAAAACAGUUGAGACAAUUAAUGCUCAAAAGUCUGUCAAAAAAUUUCAAAAAAAUCACCAGUCCACCAAGCAAAUUCCAAAGCAGUACAAACAACUACCCAUCAAACCUGAUAUUGUGGACGAAUGCAUAGUACAACAUGCCAACUUUCCAGUUUCACAGCAAUCUGCUCAGAAACCCAAGAACAAAGUGAGACCUUCAAGUCCACCGCCACCAACUUCACUUUCCGUGAUCAAAUUGGCAUCCGGAACACCUCUGGCUCAAUGCCACUGGUCAGAAGAAGAUUCGUCGAUAAGUUCGACAGAGGAUGAAGCAACCGAAUUGCUCCUAGUUCAUAACAUUGCUCAACAGCCUAAUGUUGAGACGAACGACUCUAAAACCUCGGCACUCCAGUUCGGCGUUCCUGUCCCAAAAAUUGAUGUACCAAUUCGACCAUGGAUCGAAGAGGAACCUUCAACCAAAUUCAAAAUUCAGACGUCCCCCUUUCACAACAUUGAAGAGUCACCUCAGCAAACCUCCCCAAAAAACAUUCCAGUCUCUGCUGACAUGGACCAGAAGAUACAAGAUGAAUUCGCCUUUCUGUACGACGUAGAAAAAGCUGAAGAUGACACAAAUUUAUCCGAGAAUAAAUGCAUGAAAGAGGACAAAUCUCAACAAUCAACAAACGGCGAAAUCCACAGAAUUCCAGAGUGUCUCUAUCAGCAAAUGGUGGACAUUGUGACAGAAACCAUUUCUGAGACAAAUCAUGUCAACUUUGUAAGCACUUCAAUAAUAUAUCCCACUUUUGAGAACGUGGAGGAAUGUUUGCUGUUGCUGGAGGAGUCGUCCUCCUCGACCCCAACCCAACUUCCGGAAGUACCAUCAGCAGCCCCCGCUACUCUGAGCCAGUCUCCGGAUGAUGAGGAGGAUGACGAGUCCCCACCUCCAUUUGUACCACCUCCUCCUCCACCCAUGCCGUCCGCAGAGGUCGACACAAGCGCUGGUGCAUACUCCUCUCUUCCCGUCGUGCCCUUGGACGAGCGACGAUACAGCGAAACCAUAUUUCACACCUUGGGAGGGACCGACUUGAAAUUAAAACUUCAUUUGGACGUGGCAUUCUUGGAGCAGAAUUUUUCUAGCAUGGAACAACCUGAAAAUGAAAAUAGACGCAUGAGCAUUAUUGGUAGCAGCAGUAUCUCACAAAAUAUUCGGGAUCCGAUCAUGUCUUUGAGUCCCAAGCUGAAGAAAGCCAUAGAAAUCGGAGGGCGAAAAUUACAAGAAAAUCCCAUGAUACCUGAAGCAAUAAAGACCUUAAAUAAAGAGAAAAUAGACACUGAACACGUUCAGGUGCUGUUACAAAUGAUUCCAAAGGAUAAUAAUGAGGAACUCAAAUUUUCUAGUUUGAAUGAUCAGCAAUGCAGCAAUUUGCCAGAAUGUUACAAAAUCAUGAAGUCUUUGGUAGAAAUUCCUCGACUGAGCGAUAAAUUGAACGCUCUCAACUUUCUCCACAACUUUAAUGACGCCAUUAGUCCUAUACAGCUAAAAAUAACGAUCUUGGAAGGAGCGAUUAAUUCGAUUAAAAACUCUGAAAAAUUUCGUAUAAUCUUGCAAUUUGUUUUAACAGUGGUCAAUCAGUUUGUUAAAAAUGGGAAGGAAGUUAAAGGGUUUCAAAUUCAGAGCCUGAGUCGUUUAGCAAGGAAACGGUCAUCCAAAUCUGGAAUGAAUUUAUUAAACUACAUCGUAAAGCAAAUAUGCGACAGCAUGCCGAUGGCUGUGAAUUUUCACGACGAUUUCGAAUAUAUUGACGAUGCGUCCAAAAUAUCCUUGAAGGAGGUGGGAACAGUGCUGCAAGAGUUGGACGAAGGAAUUCAGACUGUUCGCAAAGAAAUGUUAGCUACUCAACACGAUUUAAAAGACGAGAUGACUGUCCUCACCAGCUUAACCGAAUCAUUGUCACAUGUCGACAGCAUUGUUCUGAAACAUGAGCAAGUUCGCGAAGAAUGGGGAAGGGCAGUCCAAAAUUUGAAAGCAUUGGUAGAAUUUUUUGGCAUGUUUGAGGUGAAGGGGGAGGAACUCAUUGAAUUUUUCCACACCAUUGCUCACUUUGUCAAAGAUUUUAAACAUGCAUUGUCCACAAAUACAAAGCUAUUCCCCCAAGAACCAAAGAUUUCCGAAACCACGACAAAGAAAACGCCCAAGGACAAGGACAAGGACCAGUGCAACCGUGGAAAAUUUACAGCUAACUCUAAUUUAAAUCGUUGCAUGUUGGAAGACAAUGACCAACCCUCGGAAAUUGUCAACGCCUUGACCAGUGCGAUUGCCAGCAAGGGCUUUCCCCGGUCCCCACCAAGGCGAAGGAGUGGGAACGAAGAGAUGACGGCAGGCAACCUGGCCCAAAGAAAAAGGAACAGGAAGUCACAGAGUUUUGUAAUUCAGGACAAUCGCGAACGAUAAUAUAGUAAAUAUUUAAUUUUGGGAUGUAUACUUGCUAAUUCUGUAAUUAUCUCAAAUACAUAUAAGUAUGAAAAAUAAAUGAGGUUUGAUAGAAAAUGCA